UUUUCACAUAAAUCUCACUUCCUCCGCCGAAAUUGCUGCUGAUUUUCGGAACAGUUGUGAUAGCAGCAACAUCACUAGCAGUACCUACGAGGACAACCUCAAUCUUCUCUUCUCCAAACUCGUCGAUCAGGAUUUCAAUCAGGGGUUCUAUAAUGUGUCCGUUGGCCAGAGCCCUGACCAGGUCAACGCAAUUGCACUCUGCAGGGGAGACAAAAAGGAGGACAUCUGCAGAAGUUGCCUGAAAAACACCACCGAAGCGCUCCAACAAAACUGUACCAACAAAAAAGAAGCAAUCGGGUGGUCGGAAUUCUGUACUUUACGCUACUCAAACCGAUCAAUAUACGGAGUUAUGGAAACUGAUCCUUUGGGUGAAAUAUGGAGUCUGAAUAAUGAAACUGAUGCUGAUGGUUUUUACCGGAACUUGAGUUUCUUAUUGAAAAAUUUAAGCAACAGCGCGGCUACCGGAGGUCCUACGCUCAAGUAUGCAGCCGGUGUAACGAAGGUCUCGGUUUCUCCUUCAGGAAUUUACGCCCUAGUGCAGUGUACCCCGGAUCUGUCCAAACAAAAUUGCAGCGAUUGUCUAGAGAAGGCCAUGGCCGAUGAAAGGAUGAAAAAUUACUGCUAUAAUAGAUCCGGAUGCAGAAUUCUGCAACCCAGCUGUAACUUAAGAUACGAGAUUGGCCAAUUUUUUGACGGUGAAUAUGUUACCGUAGAUGCACCGUCUUCACCUCCUCCACCAGAAGGAAAUGAAAACAACCCGAACGAAAAAAGCGGCGUUGCAGCAGAAGGAAGCAACACAACAAGGACAAUCAUCAUUUCCGUAGUUACUUCAGUCAUUGCUUCGCUGUUUGGCAGUCUGUCGCUCAUCCUUUGUAUUUAGAUAAUUUUAAGAUGCCAAAAGGAAAAGAAAAUUGUUGAAAGAAAGUAAUACUAGGUUUCCAUUCCUUCUGCUGUAGAACGUGAUUAAUAUUACUCCCAUGUGUUGCAUUUGGUAGCUGUAGGAUUAAAUGAUUAAGGCCGAGCAUUUGCAAUAUGACUUUGGCACUGUCCGGACAGCAAAUAACUUCAGAGAAGAAAAUAAGCUCGCACAACCUUGAUGGAAAUGCAAGCCACCCUAGUUUUAUGUGCUUGAUGUUUUUCAGUUUGGUGUUCUCCGGUCCUUCUUUCAAUUUGAUGGGCUCUGUUGUUUUUGAGCUUUUUGCUGAGAAUGUAACUCUGGCACCAUCAUUCUAAUAAAAAUUUUCAUUUGUU